AUGACACACUCCAUUGAGAUUACCUCAAUAGAUGAUAACCAAACUCCAUUGCUUCGUCAAACUGAAAAAAAUAAGAAAGAAGAAGGGAGGAAAGUGGAUAGUAUAAUCGAGAAUUUGAACAAUUCAUCUAUUAAAUCGUGUACGAUAUUCAAAGUAAAUGUGGGACUACGUGAAUCAAAUCCAGCUGCUUAUACGCCAAAGAUGGUCUCUAUUGGUCCUUACCAUAGGAAAAAUCCUCAACUUGAUCCAAUGGAAAAAUACAAAUUAUUGUACCUACAACGGUUUCUUAAACGGAAUGAGAGGCCUGAUGUGGAAAGUUGUAUUAGUGAAUUGGAGAAACUGAAGGACGAAGCAAUAAAGUGUUACGAAGAUAUAGAACACCUCGAUUUUGAGGAUAGUCAUGAUUUUUGCCGAAUGUUGUUGCUUGAUGGUUGUUUUGUGGUAGAGUUUAUGCGAGAGCAUUCUCUAUGGUGUCCAAAAGGAGAAGACAGAAUUAUCGACUCUAAUUAUAGUUGCAUGUAUGAUCAAAUACUCCGAGAUUUGUUAUUACUAGAAAACCAACUACCUUUAUUUGUCCUCAACCAUCUUCAAUGCAUGACAAAGCAAGACGAUGAAUACCCAUUUGUAGCUAUGGCGAUAAUUUCAUUUCGCAGGGUUGUUAACUUGGAAUAUAUGUUGACCCUCAAACCUGCUGGAAUGAUAGAUAAUCAUAAUGUAGAAAAUAUAAAACAUUUACUUCAAGCAGUACACAUUGUUUCAUGUUGUUCGAAUGGCACCAAAGAAUCAGAAGAUGACAUACCGUCAUAUACGAUCAUGCCAAAUGCAACAGAGCUUUCUGAAGCUGGAGUUAGCUUUACAAAGGCAAAGGGUGUGACGAGUUUAUUUGAUAUAAAGUUUGAGAAAGGAUUGAUGAAUAUUCCUCGUUUUCGAAUCGUAGAUGGUACGGAAACCAUCCUGCGAAAUCUCAUUGCAUAUGAGCAACAAUCAUUUAAUGUACAACCUAGAUAUUUCACUGAUUAUGCAGCUUUCAUGGAUCAUCUCAUUGACUCAGACAAAGAUGUGAAUUUGCUUCGCCAGAAUGGAAUAAUAGAGAAUUUCAUAGGAGAGGACAAAGACGUGGCUAGCCUCUUCAACAAAAUCGGAAAUGGCCUCAUGAUUUCGUCUGAUGACUUCUAUUACAAAGAAGAAUGCUUAAAAGCAGCUCAACAUUGUAAAAAACCGUGGAACAGAAUGAAGGCAAAUUUGAAGCACAAUUAUUUUAGUAGUCCUUGGGUAGGAGCUUCAACUGUGGCAGCCAUCAUACUCCUCAUACUUACAACUAUACAGACUGUUUUAGCUUUCACAAGUUCCGUUAAGUAG